CAUGUAAGCCAGCUUCACGACCAACAAGUGCUUGCAAGGACUCAACAACAUUCACCGCCCACUGCCCCCCGCCGCCAGUCGUACUACUUGCUUUGGUGCACCUAUCCCGCACGCCAUGCACGCCAUGCUACUGCCCAACAGACCAAGGGCAUCCUGCAAUGUAGUUUACUGUCCAAGCACUAUCCCUCUACUUCCCCUACUUCUUGGCGUUCUCCAGCUGCUUCUCUGUGCAGCCAAAGCUAGCCGGUGUCUUGCCCUCCCAGCUUGUUCACCUGCGGUGUUCAUAGAAUGUAAUAAAUAGUGUGCAUGAUGGGGUACGUUUCAUGCUCAGGCAGUAGGCGCCUCUCCAGCUGGGCGGGCCUGGGCGGCAGCUGGGCGGCCCUGGGCGGCAGCUGGGCGGGCCUGGGCGGCGGCUGGGCGGCAGCUGGGCGGGCCUGGGUGGCAUCUGGGUGGGGGCUGAGCGCGCCUGGGCAGAGCCUGGACAAGGGCUGGGCAGGAGCCACAUAACAAUGGGUUACCAGCAGGAAGUUACCAU